UAUCAUCGUCGACCUCGACCUCGACCUUCAUCGCCAACUCCAAUUGAUCCGUUCCUUCUAAGUUCACCACCAUGGCACGCAUCGUCUUCACCGGCGGCUCAGGAAAAGCGGGCCGCCACUGUAUCCCCUACCUCCUUGCCCAAGGCCACAAAGUUCUCAACCUCGACCUUGUCCCCCUCCCAACCCCCGACGGCACCGGUCUAUCCCAAGAUGUCUACACCCUAAAAACCGACCUCACAGAUUCCGGACAAGUCUUCAAUGCCCUCUCCUCUCACUUCAACAUGGCCGGCUACGAAGGGGAAAGAGUAGAGAAAGUCGACGCCGUGAUCCACUUUGCAGCAUACGCCCGCAAUAUGCUCGUCCCGGACAACGAAUGCUUCCGCGGAAACGUACUAAGCACGUACAACAUCAUCGAGGCUGCCGCCAAACUGGGAAUCCCCAAGGUUAUCAUCGCAUCAUCCGAAACCACUUACGGCGUCUGCUUUACCCAAGGCGAUAGCGACUACCACGAAUUCCCACUCGAGGAAGAUUACGAUGUCGAUCCCGAAGAUACUUAUGCGUUGUCGAAAUUGUGUGGUGAGAAGACGGCGAGGACGUUUGCGCGGCGGUUUGGGAUUGAUAUUUAUGCCCUUCGGAUCGGGAACGUGGUUGAACCACAUGAGUAUGCUACCCUCUUUCCCUCGUUUUUGGACAAACCCGAAACGAGGAAGAGGAAUGCGUGGUCAUAUAUCGAUGCACGGGACCUAGGUCAAAUCUGCGAUCUUUGUUUGAAGAAAGACGGACUCGGUUUCCAGGUUUUCAACGCAACAAAUGAUACGAUCACAACACGGAUUCCGACGGCGGAGUAUUUGAAAAAGGAAUGCCCAAACACCCCCAUCACACGGGAAAUGGACGAGUGGGAGGCACCCCUGUCCAAUCGUAAGAUCCGAGACGUCCUGGGAUUCAAGGAGGAACAUAACUGGAGGAAAUACGUCCAGUAACGGCUACGCAGAUGUAGAAUAUACCCAUCAUUCCAUCUCC